CCGCCUUUUUCCUCUAUUUAUUCAACUUCCCAUUUCUCUCUCUCUCUCUCUCUCUCUCUCUCUCUCUCCCAAAAUGUCUGAAUCCAACGUACCCCUUCUGGAAUCAAAGCCUCAAACAAUCGAGGAACAUGAUGCUAAUGGAGCUUCUCUCUCCACAAGAAUUUUGGUCGAGUCCAAGCAGCUUUGGCACAUCGUCGGUCCAGCAGUCUUCAGCCGUGUCGCCACCUACUCCAUGUUGGUCAUUACCCAAGCCUUCGCUGGCCAUUUAGGCGACCUAGAACUUGCCGCAAUGUCCAUCGCCAAUAAUGUAAUCGUAGGCUUCGACUUCGGUCUCUUGUUGGGUAUGGCCAGCGCUUUAGAAACACUAUGUGGACAAGCUUACGGAGCUAAGAAAUUCCACAUGUUGGGGAUAUACAUGCAGCGAUCUUGGAUUGUUCUGCUCCUUUGUUGUAUUUUGAUUCUACCCAUUUACAUAUUUUCAACCCCUGUUUUAAAGCUUUUAGGACAGCCGUCGGAUUUGGCAGAGAUGGCUGGGAAAGUAUCGGUGCUGUUUGUUCCAUUGCAUUUCAGCUUUGCGAUUCAGUUUCCUUUACAGAGAUUCUUGCAGAGUCAGUUAAAGACGGCAGUGAUUGCUUAUGUUUCGUUAGUGGCGUUGGUGGUUCAUAUUUUGGUGAGCUGGUUGCUUGUUUAUGGGCUUAAGCUUGGGCUGUUCGGAACCGCCAUUACCAUUAACAUUUCAUGGUGGGUUUUGGUGUUCGGGCUUUUGUUUUACACCGUGUGCGGUGGCUGCCCUCGGACUUGGACUGGGUUCUCCGUUGAGGCUUUUUCUGGGCUUUGGGAGUUCGUCAAAUUGUCUACUGCUUCUGGAAUCAUGCUCUGUUUGGAGAAUUGGUAUUACAGAAUAUUGAUAGUGAUGACUGGGAAUCUGCAGAACGCUAAACUUGCGGUGGAUGCUUUGUCUGUAUGCAUGACGAUCAACGGCUGGGAAAUGAUGAUCCCAUUGGCCUUUUUCGUCGGAUCCGGAGUAAGAGUAGCAAAUGAGCUGGGAUCUGGAAAUGGAAAAGGAGCAAAAUUUGCAACAAUGGUGGCGGUUGGGACAUCAGUCAUAAUUGGGAUAUUUUUCUGGAUAAUCAUUAUGACAUUCGACACUCAAAUUUCUUUCAUAUUCACUUCUAGUGAAGUAGUUCUAAAGGAAGUAAAGAAGUUGACUAUCCUUCUCGCAUUCACCGUCUUACUCAACAGUGUUCAACCUGUUCUCUCUGGGGUGGCAGUUGGUUCGGGAUGGCAAUCAUAUGUUGCAUAUGUGAAUUUAGGAUGUUAUUACCUAAUUGGAUUGCCUCUUGGCUUUCUCAUGGGUUGGGGCUUCAACCUUGGAGUUAAGGGCAUAUGGGCUGGAAUGAUAUUUGGUGGCACGGCCAUUCAAACAUUGAUAUUGUGCAUUAUGACUAUUCGAUGCGAUUGGAACAAGGAGGCAGAGAGAGCAAGCUUGCACAUUAAGAAAUGGGAAGAACAAACUCCAGAGCUUUGACUUAUUUAUUUUGCUUCUAAUCCUCGUUUUGUUGCUCUAAAUGCGAAUCAAGCAUGCAUUUAUCUUUGUAAUGCUUCCCAUAUUAAUGAACAAAUAAUCUCCCUCCAAUUUUUCUACAUUAAUUUUUCAAUAUUUUCGAAUGUUCGGGACAAGGAGUAAAGUUGUGAAGUUUUUAGGUCCAUAAUGUAUUCUCAUUGUCUAUUUAUUCCU